GGGCGCUGUUGGCAGCUGGCGACGCGGGGCGAAGCCGCGACUGGCGGCGCCUGGCCAGUCCCGCAUCCGCCGCGGUGGGUGUGCCCACAGGGGUGCGCCGGGGCCAGGGCCGAGCCCGCCGGCCAGAGGGCGCCUGGAGGGUGUGCGCGCCGCGGACGACCAGGGUGCGCCAGCCCCGGGGUGCGCGCCUGGGACGCGGACUGUGCACCCGGAGGCUGCGUGCGCCCCGAAGCCGGGGUGUGCGCCUAGCUGCCCCGGCCGGGUGCACCGCGGGCCGCCUCGCGCACGACUUCCGCAGCUCGCCAAGAACUCUCCAACAAGUUUUACAGACUCAUCUGAUGAAGAGUGCCUGAGACACUGAGGGUCAGCGCUCCAAAGAUGGAGAAGACAGAUGCCAAAGACCAGUCCUGUCAGGGGGAUGAAGAGAAAGACCCUCCGAAGAGGCACCCUUACUCUGUGGAGACCCCAUAUGGCUUUCAUUUAGACCUGGACUUCCUCAAGUAUGUGGAUGACAUCGAGAAGGGAAACACCAUCAAAAGGAUUCCUAUCCACAGAAGGUCCAAGCAGGCCAAGUUUAGCACUCUGCCCCGAAACUUCAGCCUUCCUGACAGCGGGGCUCGCCCCCCCGCGGCCCCGUCGCCCCAAAACUGGUCCCCAGUGGUGCCAAGGAAGGCAUCGCUUGGGACACAGGAGCAAACCCAGUCACUGCCGCUUGGUAAUGCCUCCCAGGCCUCAACCAGCGCGAGUGAGGUGAGCUACCACAGGAGGGCCCUGUUGGCAGAGGCCACCAGGCAGUUGGAAGCUGCUGAACCAGAGGAUGCCGAGGUCACCCUUGGGAGUGGACGGCCCCAGCUAUUGAGAGCAUCCAGCAUGCCUGCCACGCUGCUGCACAGCAGGGCUUCUGAGGAGCCAGGCCUCAGCCUGGAGCCUCCUGCCCCUCCUGCGCUCCCUCCCCUUCAGGGUGAAGGCAGUGUCUGCGAUGGCACCUUUGGCCCUGCAGAAGGAUUGGCAGCUUUCCACAGCUCCAGCCCACAAGCAUCAGCUCGGAUUCCGGAGCUGGUCCAGGAGGGAGCUGAGCCUCCAGAGGGCACGGUGAAGGCUCCAAAUCACCUCCCUCUCCCAGGCCCUCCUUCCUCAUUCCAGAAUGUGCUUGUAGUUCUAGAGGACAAGGAAGACGAACACAAAGCCAGAAGAGCAGAGGUGGUGUUCAGCCCUGGCUCCCCCACACCAAGCCCUCCUCCUCUGCCAUCACCCAUCCCUGAGAAUGAGCUCCUCCUGGAAGAAAUCGAGCUCAACAUCAGUGAGAUUCCACCCCCGCCACCUGUAGAGGUGGACGUGAGAAGCAUUGGCAUCAGAGUGACGGAGGAAAGCCUGGGCCUUGCCAGGGUGGAUCCAGGCAGCAUCUCCAGCCUCAAACAGCAGGUCUCGGCCCUGGAGGGAGAGUUGUCUGGAAGAACUGAGGAACUGGUGCAGGUCAGAGCUGCCCUCCAGCAGCAGGAAGAGGAAAUCAAGGCUAGGGAGCAAAGAAUUCGAGAGCUGGAGUUCACUGUAGCCCAACUGGAAGGACAGCUUCACCAAGAGAACACCAAAGACACUCAGGGCCAGACGGACGCCAUGGUGAACACUGACCCUGUCCAUGGACUCUUGACCAGGGAGUCGUGUGACAAGGGCAUUGAGGUCAACCUUCUAGGCAGCAUGGAGUCUGAAAGCUGGGGGCACCGAGGAGAGGAAAAUGGCCUCCUAUGGGGGCCAGAUGGUCACAAACAAGGGGAUCAGAGCCCAGCAGAACAUGUGCCCCAGCUGUCACUGCCACAGGGACCCGAGCAAGUCCUUACCCCCUCUGUACAUAGCUUCCUCUCCACUGAACUCAGGAUUGAAGAAGCAGGCACUGAACAGGAAGGAGGCCCUCAGGGAGGAACCAGGGAAGCAGGAGGCUUUCCGUGGGGCAGCGACAGAAAGACUCCCCCAGCAGGGAGAGAGGAGGCCAAUUCCGAUCUCCCAGGGAAGGAGCGCCCGGGAAGGCCACCGAGCUCGCCAACGGAUGCCACUAUUGGGCAGUACGUGAAGAAGAUCCAGGAGCUCCUGCAGGAGCAGUGGAACUGCCUGGAGCACGGGUACCCAGAGCUGGCCAGCGCCAUCAAGCAGCCGGCCUCCAAGCUCAGCAGCAUCCAGAGCCAGCUGCUGAGCUCCCUCAACCUGCUGCUGUCAGCCUACUCAGCCCAGGCUCCCCCACCCAAGGAGCCGCCGGCCUCCUCCUCCUCCCCGCCGAUGGAGAUCUCCCCGUCGACCAGCCUUAAAUCCAUAAUGAAAAAGAAAGACUAUGGCUUCCGUGCAGGAGGUAAUGGAACCAAAAAGAACCUUCAGUUUGUUGGGGUUAACGGUGGGUAUGAGACCACCUCGAGUGAGGAGACCAGUGGUGAGGACAGCUCCCCAGAGGACUUGUCUGACAGUGAGGCUGAGAAGAAGUGUGAUGGCCCAGACCACAGGCAUGUCAAAGACGCCCACCUCACCUGCGAGGCUGGGCAGGGCAUCCCCGAGGGCACCUGCCAUGCUGCCCAGGAAAGUGGGGCUGGGGAAGAAGUCCCCCAGUCCAAGGCUGAGAGAUAUAAACCCUCAGAAGAAUUUCUUAAUGCAUGCCAAGCACUGAGCCAGCAUCUGCCAGAAACUGGGACCACCACGGACCAGCUCUUGAGGCAAAGCUUGAACACCAUCAGUCAAGAGUGGUUCCGCGUCUCCAGCCGGAAGUCGUCUAGCCCUGCUGUGGUGGCCUCCUACCUCUGCGAGGUCCAGCCUCACUCCCCACACUUCCUGAAGCUACUUGUCAACUUGGCCGAUCGCAACGGAAACACAGCCCUUCACUACAGCGUGUCCCACUCCAACUUCUCCAUCGCGAAGCUGCUGCUGGAGACAGGCGUCUGCAACGUGGACCAUCAGAACAAAGCUGGCUACACUGCCGUAAUGAUCACUCCCUUGGCUUCCGCAGAGACCGAUGAAGACAUGGCUGUUGUCUGGAAGCUCUUAAGAGAAGGAAAUGUGAACAUUCAAGCUACUCAGGGAGGCCAGACUGCACUGAUGCUGGGAGUCAGCCACGACAGGGAGGACAUGGUUCAAGCGCUGCUUAGCUGCCAGGCAGAUGUCAAUCUGCAGGACCACGAUGGAUCCUCGGCCCUCAUGCUGGCCUGUCACCAUGGCAACGUGGACCUGGUGCGGCUGCUCCUGGCACACCCGGCCUGCGACAGCAGUCUGACUGACAAGGCUGGCCGCACAGCUUUGUCCAUCGCUCUGAAGUCACCCACCCAUAUGGAAAUUGCUGGGCUUCUGAGAGCCCACGCAGAGCAGGGCAGGUCCCUGGGGCUGUAGGGGCUGCAGAAGAACUGGCGGUGGGGAACAAAAGCCUUCUUCUGUGGACUCCUCCCUCGCCCUUGAAGAGGGCGGAGGUCACAGGCCAGAGAGCCACCCCUCUAGAGAAGAAACUAUGUCAAAUAUGCACAUACAUUCCUGUUGUAUAAUUCUGCUCAUUAGGAUGCUUUGUAGUUUUUGCCUUAGGCCAAGCCCCAAAACUACACGGGCUUCAGAGCAGGGUUCAAGGUGCAAGGUGAGGGGUACGUCGGUGUCAUCCAAACAUCCAAAACAUCUUCAGCCUUGAAUUCCUCAUGACUCUACCCUCUGUAGCAUUGUGUAGCAAGAAGGCAGGCAGGAGCACAUUCGCACAUUAGGAAAGCAAUACUUUUUACAUGGAAUUUUAAAGUGCACUAUCUUUGUUUUUUAAGCAAGUGUAUACAAAUAUGUCCCAUUGAUAUGCAUGUCUAGAGAUGGGAGGGGAUUUAAGCCAACCCCCUGGCAAGCAUUCUGUAGAGGACCCUAGAAGAAUCACCAUGCAGACUGGUGAAACUGAACAAGGACCAUUUGGGAGAUUUGUUUUGAUGGGGUUGACAAAGAAAUCUUAAAUUCAGACAAGGUAGGAAGAAGCACAUUGGCAUCAAUGCUGAAUGUACAGUCUUGACUAUUUCUGAGUCAUCUAGUGACUCCAAUGUGCUCCAGGGAAAUUGGAAUUAACGAAGAAAUGUAUUAUCUAGUAGGUUAGUAUGUAAUAAAUAAAAAAAAGAAAAUCAAUCCAAUGACACACACCACAUGUAUUUGGGCAGAGUCAGAUUCUCUCAGCUAUUUUGAGUCUGUAAAAGAAACAAAAAAAAAAGCUUCCUCCUGAGGAUGGGUUAUUGUCAUCAAGAAGCCGCCACAUUUCCUGCAGAGCUGUACCCAUUACCUAUGGUAAUUCCCGGUGCUUUCCCCUCAUAUCCCCUAGAAGCAAAUAUCUGUUCUGAGGUUUUCUGGGACUUGUGGCUGCAGAGCCUUCAAGCCUGGAAAGCAGCAGAAGCAAGGGAGCCAGGCAGGGCAGGGCAAUCCUUUCCGAAGCUUCCAUAUUCCCUGGGGCCAGCACAUGCAAGGUUUAUAUGGUCAGUAGCUCACGUGAGGUCAUCUGAAUACGCUCUUUCUUUAAAUCUCUUACGAAAAAAAAAAAAAAACUCCCUUAUAUUAAAAGAAGUAGUGUCAAAGUUUGAUGAGCUUUACAUUGGAAACGCAAAAGCUUGCGCACUCAUUUUGGCUGGGAUGCCGAUUUGCUGGGUGCCCCUGCGGUGAGUCAUGAAACCUCCUUGGGCCCCGAUUUCAUCAUCUCUAAAAACGGAAAUUAUCAUACAACCUACCUCCUGGGGGGUGCUGCACAAGAAGCAGCUGAUGGAAGUUUUGAAAUCCAAUUUGUGGCCGGGCGCGGUGGCUCAGACCUGUAAUCCCAGCACUUUGGGAGGCUGAGGUGGGUGGAUCUCCUGGGCUCGAGAGUUCGAGACCAGCCUGACAUACAUGGAGAAACUCCGUCUCUACUAAAAAUGUAAAAAUUAGCUGGGCGUGGUGGCAGGCGCCUGUAAUCCCAGCUGCUUGAGAGGAGGCAGGAGAAUCGCUUGAACCUGGGAGGCGGAGGUUGCAGUGAGCUGAGAUCAUGCCAUUGCACUCCAGCCUGGGUAACAAGAGCGAAACUCUGUCUAAAAAAUAAAAGUUAAAAAAAAAAAAUCCAAUCUGUAACCCAUUAAGGCCAUCUAUAGAAAUGGUACAGCAAACUUCUUUAUGCCAUUGUGAUUCAUAAGAGAGGCUCAAAGUCCCAGAACACAACGACAUGUGUUGAUGCAACUCAGAGGUGGAGAGAAUGGAGCAAAUAAUGAGCAAAAAAAAAAAAAAAAAAAAAAAAAAAGGCUUUAAAUGGGUUUAUUUUGACCUCAAAAUACAUUGUAAGAGCAACAUCCUAUGUUAAUAAAUGUUCUAGCCCGGUGCUUCGCGAACAUUUAUCUGCAUACAAAUCACCUGGGAUCUUGUUAGAAGGCAGUAGGUCUGGGGUGGGGCCUGAGAGUCUGCAUUUCCAACCAGGUCCAGGGAGAUGCUGAUGCUAUUGCGCCACAACCACACUUUGAGUAGCAAGCCUCUGGCCUAUCCUUAUUGUUUGUUAUAUUAAAAUGCUGCCUC